AUGGGCAAAAGUUUUGCAAUCCGGCAGCUGGCGAUGAAGAGAGGUCAGUAUGUCGUCUACUUGAACUUGUCGCCGCCUGAUACUCUUGGCUAUCCGAGAAGAUCGAACGUCGCUGAACAAAUUGCGAGUUUAGAAACUGGACACAUGGAUCCAUGUAUUCUCUUCUGGGAGUGCUUGAUCGCUACAUCUGUUUGGGAGGUCGAGGCGUGUAAACACGCUGGCAUCACGUCUGCAGGAUACUACAACCUCCAGGUCCUCGAUGAUUUCUCCGACUAUGGGCGUGAGUACGCAAAUCUGGUGUCCAUUCUUCUGGAAACGUGCAGGAAAGAAAAAGCAAAACAUCCCGGAAGGCCUUUCGUUUGGUCCGUUUUCUUGAGAUCGUCGUUGAAAGGUUAUCUCGAUGCUCGGAUCGACAAGUUGAAGAGUUGGCGUAAUAGAUUGGGUGACAACAAUCCUCCAACCUCGCCUAGCACGGCGGCGGGACCUCAGACACUUCUCUGUAUUGACGAGGCUCGGGCUUUGCUCGAUCAUUCGCAGUCGGUCCGCUUUCGUUCGUUCGAGCGAGCGUGCGCGAACCUCUUUAGCAGGCCACGAUCAGGGCUCUUUCCCCAGUCAACAGAUCGGCCAGGCGAGAAGCCACAACUUUAUUCUGUGCUUGGCAGCUUCUUUUCCCUGGUCUUGGAUACCUCCUCCAAACUCAACAAUCUUUCGCCGGCUGCUCGAUACGACCCAAGCCAGAAAGAGACUCAGUUUGUAGGUGACCUAUUUCCACCAAUCUACGCGAUUCGCACAUGGGAUUCUCUGUCAUCAGAUGUCACUAGCCAACCAAAGAUAGACGGCUCGGAGGAAUCUUUGCGCACGCUGGUUAGAUAUGGGCGGCCGACUUGGGCAGCGUUUUUGGAUAAUGGAGCGGACCUGAGUACAGUGUUGAUCCUAGCAGCCGAGAAAAUUAGCGCAACAAGGAAUCAGGAGCUUACAACGGCCGUUUCAUUAGCCCUCUUUUCAUACCGCAUAGAUUUUUAUGUCUUUGACAUGCACCUCGCUGAAAAUAUGACAGCCAACUUACUUCGGCCAAUAUUUUACAUUCCCGACUUUCGAGAGUUCAUGCGUACAAUGCACCCGAGCGAGCCCAUCUUAGCGUAUACGGCGGCGACGAUGAUGGCUGACCCAGCCACGCGACUGUCCGUGGUCAACGCAUUCUUAGAAGCAUGCCUCCAAGGAAGUAUUCACGUGGGAGAUAUCGGUGAAGUGGUCGCCUCGCUAGUACUGCUAUUCUCAAUGGAUUCUCUACAGCUGAUGUCGUUUCCCUGCUCUGUAACAACUCAGGAGUUCUUUAGGUCGUUCCUUGGCUCGGAAAUUUCGCAGCAGAUUGGUGAGCGGGCUGCAGAUGUUGAGUCCAUGCGUGUUGUCUGGGAAAAGGGUAAUGUAUUUUUCAACCACUUUUUCAGGUCGUUGGAGAUUCCCUCUCAGAGAACAAUCAAGGCCGCGUACCGGCGAGGGGCUGCUCUCUUUCUGCCUGAAAGAUUCCCUGGAGCCGAUAUUCUUAUACCCAUCAUGCUGCCAGACGGUGAGAUGAGCUUCGUUCUCAUUCAGGUCAAGAAUCGUCAACACGAUCGCAUGAACGACACGACCUCAUGCGCUGCCGUUUUUUCUAUCGAGAAAGCCAUAAAAGCUCUGGGAAUGACGAACAAUCACUUUGGCCUAGUGAUGUGCCUCCGGGAGGAGAAAGACGCUAAACAGGAGGAGGCGAAGUGUAAGAUACUAGUUCCGAAGCUGGUUCCACGCCGUGAGACACGCCAGGCGCGCGAAAACUCUUCGGUUGCCCAGCAGUACAAUUGGCCAAAAUCCAGAAAGAACAUUACCCUUCUGGCGGUUGGGCUUGAUAAGGAGUUGUAUCCCUCCGUUACAUCCAAUCCCGGCACGCCAUCCAAGGACAGUGAGGCGGUCCUAGACACUCUCUGUACCCUCCUUAAUUUCAGCCCAGAGACUUCUUUACCAGAGGAUGCCGAUGCAGAGUAUGUCAAGCAACUCAUGGAAUUGGACUAG